UAUUCAUCAGAAAGGAUGCAGUGGCAGAGGUGUGAAAGUGCAUUCCGUUGUGCCUCGGUGCAUACAGUUUUACACAUUUUAUUUAUUUUAUGGUCGCUUGGACUUUCUCACGCUCAAACUGAACCAUUAAACUAUCGGCUACCAAAUCAAACCUAUCCACUUAAGUACAAUAUUGAGCUUACAACACGCAUUCACGAUGAUACCAUAGGUGAAGAUCGAUUCCGUUUCGAGGGUAAAGUUACGAUACAGUUGAUAGCCACUGACGAUCACAACGGCGUAACGGAUACAAUUACGCUCAACUAUCGGCAGAUUGAUAUUACGCAUGUCAAACUUUGGAACCUGAUACAAAAUCAAUGGGAAAACGUAAUUUUGGAUGACAGUAACAGUUUUACUGUUGACCCCGUUCGCGAAUUCCUUACGAUUCAAUCCCCUCAGCCGUUAAAUGGAACUUAUUUUUUGGAAAUAAAAUAUAAUGGCACAUUGCGGGAAGACAAUGGUGGUUUUUAUCGAUCUUCCUAUCGCAACAGCAACGGUAACGUACAGUGGCUUGCAACAACCCAGUUUUCGCCAACCGAUGCUCGCCACGCUUUUCCUUGCUAUGACGAACCAGGCAUAAGGGCUCCAAUAGCAUUACGUGUAAUUCAUGGCAAGAAUUAUUCUGUUCUCUCGAAUAAUAUACCAAUUGACGUAAGAGAAAGCAUUAUGGAAGGAAUGAUCAUAACAACAUUUCCAGAGACGCCAAAAAUGCCGUCCUACUUAUUAGGGAUUGUAGUCAGUGAUUUCACCGAGGCAUCUCUGGCUAAUUUCUCUCGACAAUUGGCCUAUGCGCGUCCGACAGCAUUAGGUACUCCUGUAGCUAACUUUAUAAUAGAAGCAGGAUUUAAGGUAUUGGAAGCGCUGGAAGAUCUUUUGCAAACUUCAUACAUACUGCCAAAACUAGCGCAUGUGGCCAUACCAGAUUUUUCUCCCGGUGCCAUGGAAAACUACGGCUUGAUUACCUACAAAGAGGAAAACUUCAUGUUUGAUCCACAAACUUCGCCAAUGAAACAGAAAAAGAAAAUAGCUACUACUGUCGCACACGAAAUUGGUCACCAUUAUUUUGGCAACUAUGUUUCACCCGCUUGGUGGAGUUACUUGUGGAUGAAAGAAGGAUUUGCACGUUUUUUUGAGUACACGGUGGCACAAAUGGUGUUUCCCGAAAUGGAGAUUGGGAAAAUGUACACCAUUGACAAAACGCAUAAUGCUUUUCAAACAGACUCCCUUAGUUCAUCCCGGCCCAUGACAUAUUAUGUUAAUACACAGAACGAAAUCAGUAACAUUUUCGACGACAUAGCCUAUGAUAAAGGUGGAGCAGUCCUGCUGAUGUUUUACCAUGCCUUCAGUCAAGAACCAUUUCGUGACGCGAUGAUAAAAUACAUUCGAGAUAAUGCUCUACAAUCGGGUACUCCAGCCAAAUUUGCAGAAGCAAUGCAAUCAACAAUCUUUGACACAUUGCCAUCUGAUACACUUCAGUUCAAUGCAUCAGCGCUUCUAGCAUCGUGGACAGAGCAGGCUGGCUAUCCUGUACUGUACAUUUCUCGAUCAGGUGACAACUGUACAUUGCACAUCGAACAACAACGGUAUCUAUUGAAAAGCAACGAAAACAGCAACACAACUGUAAAGUGGAUAGUACCGUAUAAUUUUGCAACGGCAAAAAAUCCCAGCUUUCAUAACACGGCCUACGCAGGGUGGAUCACGGAGCGAGAUCAUACAAUCGAGCCAACGAACGAUUUGAGCUGGACGUGUGACGAGUGGAUCGUGUUCAACAAACAGCAGACGAGCUAUUACCGCGUAAAUUAUGAUACUGAUCUAUGGCAAUUAAUCACAACAGCUCUGCUCCAAAACAGCACUGCCAUCCAUGAAAAUAACCGAGCGCAACUGAUAGACGAUGCAAUGAAUAACGCACGCUCUGGAAGAUUACAAUACGCUGUUCCUUUGCAGUUGCUACGAUACCUGUCGAAAGAAACUGAUUACGUCCCUUGGGCAGCGGUUGACCGCAAUCUUGGUUUGCUAAAUGUCCUCAUGAGAGGUACUAAUAAGUACGACCUAUGGCACAAAUACUGUUUAGAAUUUAUCGAACCUACCUAUGCUCUCAUGGGUAUGACGUCGCUUGUCCAGGAUACAUUAGCGCAACGUAUGGCACGAGAGAUAGUAGUUAACUGGGCUUGCAAAGUUGGUUCCCUCAGUUGCCUCAACAAUACAGCAUUUAUUGUACGAGAGAUUGCUGAAAACCGACUGAAAGAUGCUGAUCCCGAUCUACGAGAACCUAUCUUCUGCAAUGGAUUGCGAACCACAUCUGCAGCCGUGUUUGAUGCCGUUUGGCAACGUAUGCAAGCAUCGCAAGAUCAGACGUACCGAUCAGAACUCAUCCGAUCGCUUGGCUGUGCGGAAGAUGAAUCACUUGUUAACAAAUACCUCGACAGUACGAUUUCGACCAACGGCAGCGAUUAUUACAAUCAAGAGCGUGAGCGUGUAUUUAUGGCAGUUUACAGAAACGGAGAAUUAGGUAUGAGACUAGCGAUGAAAUUCAUGCUAGCAAACAUGGAUCAAGUCAACGAACUCUAUAACAAAGGCAACUUUGGAGGACGAGCAAUCAGUUCCAUCGUUCGUAACAUGGCGCAGCAAAUCACCAGUGAAGAUAUGCACACACAAUUACAGGACUUGAUGGAAAAAUUACUGGGAAAAGGAUUUCUACGACCAGCCGAUAUGCUACAAGCUUUGGAAUACUCAAGCGAAAAUCUGAUGUGGAUUCAAGAAAGGGGUGUUCAAAUUGCCACAUGGUUAGAUGAGCAAUAUCCUGUAACAACUACAACUUCAACAACCACAUCAACAACAACAACAACAACAACAGUUACCACCACCCCAACCUCAACAGUGACUGCUACCCCAACCAAUACAUUAGGCUCGAGCAAUACUUCGACAUCUGAUGUAAUAUCAACUUCUAGUAUUUCUAUGACGAGUAUUGGUUCUUUGCCAACUAGUAUUUCUACCCGUUUCGAUAUAAUAAGUAAUGUUUCAACUUCAUCCAUGAAUUCAAUGACUUCGACUGAAACUUAUGACAGUAACAAUUCAAAUCAGGCUGGGCAUGAUGUAUUCUGUACAAGCCUAUUAAUCGGUAUCAACGUUCUAUUGAUUAUUUUUAAUCAAUAA